AUGCCUACUAAUGGAACUGGUGUAGAAAGAGUCGGUGUUCAAUUUGGUAGUUUAAGUUUAUCAGAAACUUCUGAGGAACAGGUAGAAAUGGUCGAAAAUGAUCUUUCAUCUCUUGCCCAUCAAGAUGAACUUUCUAAUUCUUCUACACCAACUUCUAUUAAUCGCCUACCUACAUCCAGCUCAUCUACCUCAUCCACACAACAACAACAACCAUCAUCUAUCAACAGCAGUGCACCAUCAAGUGUGCCAACAAAUGCUUCAUACUUGAAACAACAACAAGAACAAUCUGCCGCUACUGCAUAUUUAAAUCAACAUCAUUUGGGAGGAAUAGAGCCAAUAAGUGCUCCCUAUACUUCUUACAUAAAUCAACCACCAAAUCAAUUGUCACAAUUUGGUAUUGGACCUAUUCAACCUGAUUAUGCUACAUUAUAUCCUGCUGAAGCUCAGCGAGGAGUAAUGGGAUAUUAUGCAGACCCUUCAUACCCACAAGCCUCGCCUGUUACAUCUUCAGUAGGUGGAUUUCAAGGAAGAGACAAUGUACCAUAUUAUCAUCCAUACUACUAUAUGACAAACCAAUUUCCUUCUGCCUAUCAGCAAUCUGGUUACGGCCAACCAUUUGUAAAUGUAAAUAAAUCAAUGUAUCCAAUGUACAACCCACACACUAGCAAACCUGGAUCAGCAUCAGGCGCAUCACCUUAUGGUUACCCCACGACCCCUACUACUCCCAGCACACCUCAUUACUCAAACACUGGAUAUGAUGAAGUGUCUCCUCCGAUACAUCAUCUUCCUGGUGCAGUACCUAAUGUUCAUGAUUAUCAGAAAACUUAUGGAGGAGGCAGUGGUAUGCCACCAAUUAAUUUCUUGGGUAAUGCAGGAGGUGUUAAUAGCAAUCCACAACCUUCCUCUGCAUCAGGUGGAUCAAAUACCACUACAUCAUCAAAGACUGGUAACAAUAAUUCAGACUUGAAUCCUCAAGGCCAAUACAAAUCUUAUCAGGAUAAAACUUCUGCAUCAGGCCAACAACAAUCUUCGGGGGUUGGUCAAUCUGGUGCAAUACAGCAUCAACAACAAUCUAACACUCCCAAUUAUUAUAGUCAACAACAAGCUCAACAAGUGUUUAAUAGUUAUCAAUAUCCACAAAACCAUCAAUACCACCCUCAUCAAGCACAUCAUCAAGGUGCCGGAAAUCGUAGUCAAUACUGGAAUCAAAAUUAA